GAUUAUGAGCUCAUCGGGGUAGGUGUACGGUUCAGUUCGGCGAUCGUGCAGUGAGAUGUGGGCCAAGAAUAUGAGUGUGCCCGCCUACCUACAUCCUCCCGUUCCAAGGUUUUCGCGAUUUGGUGCUAGUGGUUUCUUCGACAACGAGAUGCUUGCUAUUUCAAGUGUUAUUCGGUGAAUACUGUUAAUUUGAUACUACCUAUUUGUGCUCUGUGCAACUUGUUACCACUUUUUUGUAGCUUUUCAUUUUUCACCCCGUUGGAUCACAGUCAAAAAGUGCGCUUCCUUAUACGGAAAACGAUCUACAAGGGAGAAGAUUCGUUGUAUUCUCACAUUUAGAACAUGGCUCCAGUAGCAGGCAGGAGGAGAGUUAUUAUCAGCAACCCAAGACACCGAUAAGAAUGGCGAGCGGUGGUGGGGGUACCCCCGGCGGACUACCCCCCUUUUCCGUCUCCACCCCAGUGGGCCAGAAAAAUGUUCAAUUCUCAACGACUGCAGCUGCUGGCAGAAGUGUGUACGAUGGCAGUUCUACCCAACAGUACCGACCACCGCCUGCAGUGCCGUUCGAACGUCCGACCAAUCCACAUAGCGGUGUGACUCGCCCAGCAGGGAACGCUAGCGCUGUGCCACAACCGUCGCCUGGAACGUAUCAGAAUCUGCCGGUUAUACCGCCGGCAACACCGACAACGCCGGGCAGAAGGAUGGAAUCCUGGGAACAGUUUGGACGAUCGAACCUGCAAACGGUGGCGGCCGGCGGUGUAACGACCACCAACAACAUGUCGCUCGGUACGAUGCACUGUACCCGGUGCGACGAAGGUUUCGAGCCUCACGAACGCAUCGUCAACUCGAACGGACAGCUCUGGCAUACGCAAUGUUUUGUGUGCGCUCAGUGCUUCCGGCAGUUCCAGGACGGUAUCUUCUACGAGUUCGAGGGACGCAAGUACUGCGAGAAGGACUUCCACAUCCUGUUUGCACCGUGCUGCAACAAGUGUAACAACUUUGUCAUCGGACGCGUCAUUAAAGCGAUGGCAGCGAACUGGCAUCCGCAGUGUUUCACCUGCGAGCGGUGCAGUAUUCCGCUGGCCGAUUCCGGCUUUAUUCGCAACCAGAACCGGGCGCUCUGCCACGAUUGCAACCGGAAGGAGAAGGAGGUCGGUCUCGGGAAGCUAGUUUGCAACAAGUGCCAUGGCAUUAUCGACGAUGCACCAUUACGCUUCCGGGGUGAAGUUUAUCAUGGCUAUCACUUCAACUGUACCGCUUGCGGGGCGGAACUGGACUCGUCGGCUCGGGAGGUAAAGAAUCGGACCGGGUACGCGGCCAACGACAUGAACGAGCUGUACUGUCUGCGGUGUCACGAUCGUAUGGGCAUUCCGAUUUGUGGUGCCUGUCGUCGUCCGAUCGAGGAACGGGUGGUGACCGCUUUGGGCAAACACUGGCAUGUGGAGCACUUUGUGUGUGCCAAGUGUGAAAAACCGUUCCUUGGCCACCGGCACUACGAGAAGCGUGGCAUGGCUUACUGUGAGACGCACUACCAUCAGCUGUUUGGUAAUCUGUGUUUCGUGUGCAAUCAAGUCAUCGCUGGUGAUGUUUUCACUGCCCUGAACAAGGCCUGGUGUGUUCAUCACUUCUCCUGUUCUAUUUGCGACCAGAAGCUUGACCAAAAGUCCAAAUUUUUCGAGUACGACGAGAAACCGGUUUGCAAGAAGUGCUACGAACGGUUCCCGAACGAGUUGCGCCGCCGUUUGCGUAUUUCGCAUGAAAAUACGAUCAAAAAGCCCGCCCCAUAGGGCGCUCCAGGGAACGGAUCAACCCGUAAACCUGCUGCUUCUUCCACUUACGACGAAACGAACAAUAUGUGUGUGUGCCAAUGGGAAAAAAACAAAUCUCCUAACAAAAGCAAGAAAAGCAGAAGCAAUUUUCUAACACAAUUCUUAACACGUUUAACACAGUGAAACGAAACCACGCGAGUGUUCUUCUACCCAUAUUAGUAGACUAGAAGAUUUUUUAUGCGAAAAGCAAAGUCAAGCGAGGUGCCUUAUCACCAUAGUAACCGAUAGAGAAGGAAUAGCUUUGCUGCUCUCACUCUGCACUUAGUCUAUUUUAUAUAACAAACGAUGUUUUUUAUGUAGUGUUCUCUAUAUAAUAUAAUUAACGGAUGCGAUUGCACAUCAGUUUGAGUCAGUUAGGGCAAAGUAAAGCAGGUCAUUUGUGUGUUUGUAUAUGUUACGUUGCGUGACAUUCGCUCCUCUUGCAUAUGUAUCUUGUUCCAUUGGUGGUGCUCGAAUAGGACUAAACGCACACAAACGUGCACGCGCGCAGCUGUCAUCGGUUGAGCAUAUCUUUAUCUGUACUUUUUUUUAUUAAUACAACCUAACAACGACCGAUCCACAGCGGGUAGCCACACAAAGAAGGAAACAAAAAUUAGUGUUUGUAGAGAAGAACCACCAUACAAUGGAAACUGAUGUAUUUCGUGUACCGUGUAGAAUGUAGCAAUAAACUAAUACGAUCGUUCUUUUUAACUCCAA